AUGAAAUUGCAUGAAAGAUCAUUUGAUGAUGUUGAAUUGACCCCUUCAGAUGAAGAAUUUGACAAAGGAGAGCACAAAGAUCAAGAAAUUGAGGACCAAUCUCAUGUAGACAACCGUAGGAUACCUUGGAAUAAAAUGAAACCAUACUUAGGGGAAAAAUACGAAAGCCUAGAGCAGUCCAAGCUUUGUCUAACAAAUUAUGCGGUGGCUAAUAGAUACCAAUUGUUGUUUACCAAGUGUGAUCGUUCUAGGAUAUUAAGGAGAAAAACCAGAAUCGGAAUCAGAAUCGGAGUCGAUCAAGAUCAUCAUCUUGACACAUUUGCAAAUCAUAAAAAGGGGAAACCAUUUCUUUCUCUUCUUUCUUCUUCACCUUUUCAAACCCCCUUCUCCUGGAUUUCACCGAACUUAUUCGCUAAUUUUGCUAUCGAUUGUGAGUUUUUUCCAUAUCAAGUUCAUACUGACAUGGCGGAUAUUCCAACUUCAGAUGAUCUGAAAGACUUAUCCUUGCAUUCAAAUGGAGGUCCAGAGACAAUCAAACCCAAUCCACUUGUCGUAUGCUUUGGGGAAAUGUUGAUUGAUUUCGUUCCUUCGAUUUCUGGGGUUUCACUUGCAGAAGCACCCGAUUUCAAGAAAGCUCCUGGUGGUGCUCCUGCUAAUGUCGCUGUUGGUAUAGCAAGAUUGGGAGGCUCUUCCGCUUUCAUAGGCAAGGUGGGUGAUGAUGAAUUUGGUCACAUGUUGGCUGAUAUUUUGAAGAAAAACAAAGUCGACAACUCUGGGAUGCGAUUUGACCAAAAUGCAAGAACAGCAUUGGCUUUUGUUACUCUAAAAUCUGAUGGCGAGAGGGAAUUUAUGUUUUUUCGUAAUCCGAGUGCCGACAUGCUUCUUCGUGAAUCGGAACUUGAUUUGAAUCUUAUCAAGCAGGCGAGUAUAUUCCACUAUGGUUCUAUUAGCUUGAUAGAGGAGCCAUGCAAAUCAACACAUCUAGUUGCAAUGGCAAUAGCAAGGAAAUCGGGAAGCAUCCUAUCUUAUGAUGUGAAUUUGAGAUUACCAUUAUGGCCCUCAGAGGAUGCGGCUCGACAAGGCAUAAUGAGCAUAUGGGAUCAAGCAGAUAUCAUCAAGGUAAGUGAGGAUGAAAUUACGUUUUUGACCGGGGUUGAAGGGCCAGAUGGGUGUAGAUAUUAUACAAAGGAAUUUAAGGGUAGAGUUCCGAGUGUUAAAGUAAAGCCUGUUGAUACUACGGGUGCUGGAGAUGCAUUUGUUGGGGGAAUUUUAAGCAAUUUGGCUUUGGAUACAAAUCUUUAUAAGGACGAGGCAAAACUAAGAGAAGCACUUGUUUUUGCAAACGCAUGUGGGGCCCUAACUGUAACAAAGAAAGGAGCCAUUCCAGCUAUGCCCACAAGAGAUGAAGUCCACGAAAUAUUGAAAAACGAAUGAUUUGUUUGUGUUUUUUUUGUUAUGUUUUUUGUACUUGUUAAUAAGAUGAGCUCCAUUCUUUUUUGGAAGAAAAAAAAGGUUUAUUUGAAUUGAAUCAUAUACCCUAGUACAAUGUACAAGUCUUAUCUGCAUAGGUAGCAGUUGUAGUUGUACAUUGAAGGCGAAUAGAUGGAGUUUGUAUGCCACUUGUCAACAUUGUUGGGAAAAAAAUGUUGGUUUUUGAAGACCUUUUUUUGGUCCAUUUGUAGGGAACUUAUAAAAAAUGUAUGGAAUAAGUGUUAGUUAACAAUCUCUAUGUGUAUGUGU